CUGUUCGUGGGAGGACCAUAUGGAGCACUUGGAUAGGGUUAUGUCGGUUUUGAGGGCCAACCAUUUAGUAGCCGCGAAUUCCAGUAAGAUACAGGCCAUGUUGGAUUGGCCAUCCCCACGGACCAUUAAGGAGUUGUGGGGAUUCUUGGGUCUAACGGGAUACUACCGUAGGUUUGGGGCUGGGGUUGGGGGGAUUGCGGGGGCGUUGACGCAUCAACUUAAGAAGGACGCUUUUGCUUGGAAUUCGGAGGCUGAGGAGGCGUUUCAGUGCUUAAAGAAAGCUAUAACUGAAAUUCCAGUUUUGGAUUUGCCAGAUUUCUCUCAACCUUUUGUGGUGGAAUCUAACGCUUCGGGAUUUGAGGUAGGAGCGGUUUUGAUACAACAGCAGCGGCCCAUCGCUUAUUUUAGCCAAGUCCUCUUGGCGCGUGCUCGUACCAAAUCGGCGUGCUCGUGCCAAAUCGGUCUAUGA